UCCAAUGUAAAAGAAAAUGCUGAGAAGUACAUGGAGAUUCUAGAGGAUAAACUACAUAGCUGCGGGAGCCAGCUGCUCCAAAGAGUGUGGGAAGCUGACUUGGAGGCAUGUCAGCUGUUGAUCCAAGGGUUUCAGCUGAAAGAAACCAGUUGCUGUGUUUUUGAGGAAGAAGAGAACCAAAUGCAGGAGAUGGAGAUAACUGCUGAUGGCCCACCUGACUCUGAAAAAAGAAAGGAAGGUCACUUUCUAAAGGGCGCAGAGUGGGGUACUGUUUCCUGCCACAGACACAGUGAGCUGAAAAAGGUUAUGGAAGACUUUUCAUUUGGAACAGAGGGUCAUUUAUCUGAGGAGUUCUUCAUAUUUUCUGCAGAGCUGGGAGAAAAAUGUGAAGCAAUAAGUGAGAAAUUGGUGCAUCUGGAAGAUCAAUUGCAAAGUUCCACCUGCAGAGUUGAUGAAGGAGUUAUUCAGUCUCUGCAGAGGGAGAUCCAGGUAGUGAAGGAGACACUCCAGACCGUGCUUGUGCAACUUCAGUCAGCCAAGGAGGCAGAAGAAAAGGCUGGAGACUUCCUCUGUGACAGCUGGUGUCCAGGAAAACAAGACUUGAAGGAAUAAUGAGCAGAAAGUGCUGGUAGGAUAACAUUAAUUCACAAAGGGCUGCUUUUAGUAACUGAAUACUGUUUUACUAAGCCUCAGGGAUCUCUUCUCUCCUCUGCAUAACUAAUAACUAAAUCAAUUAUGGAGAAAUAGAGCCUGAAGGUCUAUCAUCAGAAGUACGCUAGGCAGCCUCACAUGUUUUGGCACAGAUUGGGAAACAGCUUUCAGAGCAGAGCAGCUCCUGUAAAUGUGUAGAUUACAAAUUGAUACAUUUCAAGUGAGUCUGCAAAGUUGCCUUUAAUGUCAGUGAAAUGUUCUCCUUGAAGACUCAUAAACAGUAUCUCUCCCAUGGAUUUUUUUUUCCUGAUUUAAAAAUGCAGCAUUAAAGCUGGAACAGCUAGUAUUUCUUGGAAAAUAGCUGUAAGAAUAAUAAGAACUUUUUUUUCUCUUUGGCUUUAAACAGCUUUCUUACACUGAAUGUAUUUUCACAUUCCUGCCAAUAAUUAAAUCAAUAGGAUGAAAUUCAAGCUAACCAAGUUCUUUCAACUGAAAUUUGGAUCUCAUUUACUCUGUGGUAUUAAGUACAGUGGAGGUAACUAACAGCAGCCCCUAUAGCAGUAGUUUAACUAGUUUUAUUUAGGUAUAAACUUGCUUUAGUAUUAACAGGGGUUGUAAAGCAAAAAAAAAA